CCACCAUCGGCCGACCCUUGUGUCUUUAUGGCCGUACAGUUCUGCAAGACAAAAAGCUACGAACUGCCUCGAGAGCAGAGACGUCAACACACAGAAAGAGCUUCCGAAUUUUGUAUGCUUGGCUGGUCGAUACUCAAGAUUAUUCCCGACUGGACUUGCGGACAAUCAUCUAGACAUUUUGACCUCGGCCAGAAUUGAAGCAUUCACCAUCCGCGCUAUGUCCGGGAGACUGUCUACUCGUCUGAGCAUACGCUGGGUGCCAGGGGAACCAUCCGAGCCCACGGAUACUCUUGUGAUAAGCGUGGGUGGCUGGUAUGUUGACCUGAGAAUCACUAAGGCGGAUGGGUCUAUCGACUGGGGAAUGGCCGGGGAAAGAUUGGUCUUGUCUCAAGAACCAUUGACCUACAAAUGGACACAUUGGAUCGAUUCUAAUGGUUACACGGAGCCCGAUGUAGGCAGCUUCACACCUACGUCAGUGCCGACAGACAGCGUCGAGACGGGAAGCAUGCUCAACCCUGAAACCAACACUGUGACACCGUACGAAGAGGUUUGGCGGAUAUUGCCGGUGUCUUCUCCAGAGACCUUUGGUUAUGCCUGGAUCCUUCGUAGUGUGGAUGGAAAGACCUUUCUAGGACGAGUCGGAGGAGAUUUCUUAGCUUUGAAAGGCGGUCAGGAAGGGCCCGUUGGCAUGAAAGGCUUUUGUGCACGAAGGGAAACUUGGGACCAGGGGACAGCCAGCUGGCGGACCCUGUACGAGGCAGGAGAUCAGAAGAAUAUUGGCAGUCUUUCAAAAAUCGCGGAUUGCCUGGAUUCCGCCUGGGAGAAAAGCUCCAAAGUAGGCGAUACUGUGAAUGCUUUUGGAGGAGAGUAUGUGGUAUGUGCCAUUGAAGCGGCUAAAUGACAGACGAGGG